UUAUUUACUGCUGUCUUUGUGUCUCUCAGGUGUUCACAUUUACCAGCAGAUGGUUGGCUGUGAAUGGGAUGAUGAGACAAAUGAGGUUAAUGGAUAUACACAGUAUGGUUAUGAUGGAGACGACUUCAUAUCAUUUGACCUGAAGACAGAGACAUGGAUCGCUCCAAAACAACAGGGUGUCAUCACCAAACACAAGUGGGACAAUGACAAAGCUGAUAUGUCAUACACGAAGAACUACCUCACCCAGGAGUGUGUUGAGUGGGUGAAGAAGUAUGUGAACUACGGGAGGAGCUCUCUGAUGAGAAAAGAUCUUCCCUCAGUGUCUCUCCUCCAGAAGACUGCCUCCUCUCCGGUCACCUGCCACGCUACAGGUUUCUACCCCAACAGAGCCGACUUGUUCUGGACCAAAGAUGGAGAGGAGCUUCAUGAGGACGUGGACAAAGGAGAGCGCCUCCCCAACCAUGAUGGAAGCUUCCAGAUGAGUGUUGACCUGAAGGUUUCAUCCAUCGCACCUGAAGACUGGAAGAGAUACCACUGUGUGUUUCAGCUGUCUGGAGUCAACGACAUCAAAACCAAACUGGACAAAACAAAAAUCUUGACCAAUAGAGGGAAUCCUCUCUCCAUGAUCAUCCCCAUCGUUGUUGCUGCGGUGGUUCUUGCUGUCAUCGCUGUGGUUGGAUUCGUUGUCUACAAGAAGAAGAAGGACAAACGUCCUCCAUCUCCUGUUGACAACCGUGAGGUCCAGGAGGAAAUGAUUCCCAAGGCCUGAAUGACAAACACAACCCUGCACACAGUUUAUGGAUUCAUUUUGCACUGAAACAAGGAGCGGUGUCGCCACAUUCUCCUCCAUAAACUGGGAAUUCAUUGGAUAUUAAUCAUUAACUGGUAGAAGAAGUGCUGAGGAUUGAGUUAGAAAUGCUUUUUGAUUCAAAUCCAGAUAACACUGAAAAACAUGAGUCAUCAACAAUGUUUCGAGCAUUUAGUUCUAAUUAAAAAGUGGAAUUCCCUUUGAUCAAACACAGUGAUGACUGUCUGCAGAGAAGUAAAACGUAUUCAAACGAUAUUCAGAUCAUUCAAAGCAUCACAGCGUUCUUCAUACAAACACAAUGAAUCAGAGAAUUGUGUCCUCAUCUGAAACAAACAUACCGUACUUACAGUUAAAUAUUUCUGAUGUUGGGUUUUUCUGUAAAUCAAUGAA